AUGCUGGCUCGACUGGUAAACGGACUACGGGCUACCCGCCCUACUGUCGUGUCUCCUUUUGCUGUUCCCACUCUGGGCUCCAUUCGACACAAGCACGAGUAUGCACCUCGAUUCAAGAACCUACGAAAGGCCCAGCGAGGCCGAAUCACUGUCCGAACCGGAGGAUCCACUCGAGGCUCCACGGUCGAGUUUGGCCAGUGGGGCCUGCGUCUUGUUUCUGAGGGUGUGCGGCUGUUUGACAAGCAGCUCAAGGCCGCUGACGGAGCCAUUGCUCAGCUGAUUCGAAAGGCCGCUCCCGGCUCUCAGCUCUACCGACGGUUUCUGCUCUCCACCCCCGUCACUCGAAAGGGUGUCAAUAUCCGAAUGGGUAAGGGUAAGGGAGAUAUCGAGAACAUGGCCACCCGAUGGCCCACUGGAAAGGUGGUAUUUGAGGUUGGAGGCCAGAUGCACGACCAGGUUGUCAAGGAGGCCUUCAAGCGAGCUUCCAGGCGUCUGCCGGGCCGAUGGGAGGUGAUCAAGAAGGGCGAUCUGCCUGUUGUUGGCUCCCAGGAGGUCCCCGAGGCCACCCCCCGAAACUACCUGCAGGAGAUGUCCGAGAACCCCACCAAGCGGUUCCAGGCCCUGGAGGACUCCAAGAAGGAGGAGUUUGUCAAGUACCGACGACGAUAA